CAUUAAGAUCCCACCGACCGCUGAUUUCCUCUUCCUCACCCUCUCCUUUCAUUCCUUAAACCUCUCCUUGGUCUGGUUACUGAUCAAUUGCCUGCACCAUGUCGCACUACGCUCUGCCCAAGUCUCACCAGGACCUCAUGGAGAAGUCUCUGGUGGAGACGGACCCUGACGUCGCUGAGAUCAUGAAAAAGGAGAUCCAGCGCCAGCGCGAAUCCAUCCUACUCAUCGCCUCCGAGAAUGUCACAUCUCGAGCCGUCUUUGACGCGCUUGGGUCGCCCAUGUCCAACAAGUACUCUGAAGGCUAUCCCGGCGCCCGCUACUACGGCGGAAACGAGCACAUUGACGAGAUUGAGCUUCUGUGCCAGAAGCGCGCCCUCGAGGCCUUCGGGCUGGACCCGGAGAAGUGGGGUGUCAACGUUCAGUGCUUGAGCGGCAGCCCUGCCAACCUGCAGGUGUACCAGGCCAUCAUGAGGCCGCACGACAGGCUGAUGGGCUUGGAUCUACCCCACGGUGGACAUUUGAGUCACGGCUACCAGACGCCCCAGAGGAAGAUCUCGGCUGUUUCGACCUACUUCGAGACCUUCCCGUACCGGGUCAACCUCGAGACGGGCUUGAUUGACUAUGAUCGCCUCGAGGAGAACGCACUCAUGUAUCGACCCAAGGUCCUUGUUGCCGGAACUUCGGCCUACUGCCGCGAGAUCGACUAUGCCCGUAUGCGCGAGAUUGCCGACAAGGUCGGCUGCUACCUGAUGAUGGACAUGGCCCACAUUUCCGGUCUCAUUGCGGCUGGUGUGAACAAGUCGCCCUUCCCCUACUGCGAUAUUGUCACCACCACGACCCACAAGUCGCUUCGUGGACCCCGUGGCGCUAUGAUUUUCUUCCGCAAGGGUGUGCGCAAGACCGACCCCAAGACCGGCAAGGAGACCCUCUACGACCUCGAGGGCCCCAUCAACUUCUCCGUUUUCCCUGGUCAUCAGGGUGGCCCCCACAACCACACCAUCACCGCUCUCGCUGUCGCGCUCAAGCAGGCCCAGUCCGAUGACUUCAAGGCCUACCAGGAGCAAGUCAUCAAGAACGCCAAGCAGCUUGAGAUCAGCUUCAAGGAGCUCGGCUACAAGCUCGUCACCGACGGUACGGACAACCAUAUGGUCCUCCUCGACCUGAAGCCUCAGAAUCUCGACGGGGCUCGUGUGGAAGCCGUCCUUGAGCAGAUCAACAUCGCCUGCAACAAGAACACCACCCCCGGUGACAAGUCGGCACUGACCCCCAUGGGUAUCCGUAUCGGUGCGCCAGCCAUGACCUCGCGUGGCAUGGGCGAGGAAGAUUUCAAGAGGAUUGCUCAGUACAUCGACGCCGCGAUCAAGCUUUGCCAGAAGAUCCAGGCCGAGCUUCCCAAGGACGCCAACAAGCUGAAGGACUUCAAGGCCAAGGUUGCCUCGGGCGAGGUGGAGGAGAUCAACAACCUAAAGAAGGAGAUUGCGGCUUGGGCCAGCACCUUCCCCCUUCCCUUCUAGACGUGACCUCUAGAUAUUUCUCAUCUUCAACAUGGUAAUUAGGUUCCAAUAUGGUUGCAAGGCGUUCGAGGUGGGACGGGGUUUCAACAAAAGUAGGCAUUUUGGGCAUUUAACAUGCAUCUGGCGAGUGUACAUCGCAUCGUUUUAUGCGGAUCUAGACCGAUAUCCAGGGUUACUAGAGAGGCCGUUGUAGGCCCGUGGCUCUAUCAAUUCAAUCAGUACCAUCGAUGCUGUCUAACAGCAUGCAAUGGAAGUUUCAACAA